AUGCUAAAGAUCCUUAUCCCAACCCUUAUACUAAUCCCCACAAUCUGGCUCGUCCCUGCCAAGUGAUUAUGACCCUCAACUCUUGUGCACAGUCUAGUAAUUGCAGUAGCUAGCUUCACCUGAUUUAAGAACACCUCAGAAACAGGCUGAACAACCUUAAAUUCCUAUAUAGCUACUGACCUUUUAUCAACCCCCUUGCUGGUACUUACUUGCUGGCUUUUACCUCUAAUAAUCCUUGCAAGCCAACACCACAUGGGAAAUGAACCCAAAAAUCGUCAACGAACCUAUAUUACUCUUCUAACCUCCCUACAAUUUUUUCUUAUCUUAGCCUUUAGCGCUACCGAACUCAUUAUAUUUUACCUAAUAUUUGAAGCUACUUUACUCCCCACGCUAAUAAUUAUUACCCGCUGAGGAAACCAAGCAGAACGCUUAAAUGCAGGUAUAUACUUCUUAUUUUACACGUUAGCAAGCUCCCUUCCGCUUCUUGUUGCACUCCUAAUUCUCCAAAACACUAGCGGAACACUCUCCCUUUUAACCUUACAAUAUAUGGGGCCCCUAAGUUUAACGACACACGCAGAUAAACUAUGAUGGGCCGGCUGCCUCCUAGCAUUUUUAGUGAAGAUACCCCUUUAUGGAGUUCACCUCUGACUUCCUAAAGCCCAUGUUGAAGCCCCCGUCGCAGGUUCAAUAAUUCUUGCUGCAGUGCUUCUAAAGCUAGGCGGUUACGGCAUAAUGCGAAUAAUACUAGUUCUCGAGCCCCUCACAAAGGAAAUAAGUUAUCCCUUUAUAGUGUUUGCACUUUGAGGCAUUAUAAUAGCAGGCUCAAUUUGUCUUCGCCAAACAGACCUAAAAUCACUAAUCGCUUACUCGUCAGUUAGCCAUAUAGGCCUUGUAGUAGCCGGCAUUCUCGUCCAAACCCCAUGAGGAUUUUCUGGUGCAUUAAUUCUUAUGAUCGCCCACGGCCUAACAUCUUCCGCCCUUUUCUGCUUAGCAAACACUAACUAUGAACGAAUCCACAGCCGAAGCAUUCUUUUAGCUCGUGGUCUACAAAUGGUUCUGCCUUUAAUAGCUACGUGGUGAUUUUUUGCUAGCCUAGCUAACUUAGCCCUCCCUCCCCUUCCCAAUCUUAUGGGAGAACUGAUAAUCAUCACCUCCCUGAUUAAUUGAUCUCCUUGAACCUUAGCUCUUACCGGAAGUGGCGUCCUUAUUACCGCUAGCUAUUCAAUGUAUAUAUUUAUUACAACCCAACGAGGGCCUCUGCCUAGUCAUUUAAUUGCUCUAGAUCCCUCCCAUACCCGAGAACAUCUAAUCAUGGCCCUACACCUUCUCCCCCUUAUUCUCCUCAUCCUUAAGCCCCAUUUAAUCUGAGGGUGAGCUAGCU